AUGGGCAGCGCCGGCCGGGCAAUCCUCACCAAUGCGCAUGCGUGGCUCUCCGGCACCGGUCCGUAUUCCAGCGUGGUGAAGAUCUCGCAGGCGCGGGAUCCUGCGCGCGUCGCAGCCAUCACGCUCCCAGGCCGCUUUCCACGGACUACGGGACUCUCUCCCCAAGGGUACCUCGAGGUCUGAAGGGCGGCACCGCCCCCUCCAGCCCAAAGGGCGAGGGCCAUGGCCGACUUGAAGCUGCUGGUACCGGAGCUAAACGAGGCAGAGACGAUGAGCGCUGAGACGGCGCGUUUCGAGGAGCUGCUGCUGCAGGCCUCCAAGGAGCUCCAGCAAGCCCAGACAAGCAGACCAGAAUCUACACAGAUACAGCCUCAACCUGGUUUCUGCAUAAAGACCAACUCAUCUGAAGGGAAGGUUUUCAUCAACAUUUGUCACUCUCCCUCCAUCCCUCCUCCCGCUGACUUGACCGAGGAUGAGCUGCUUCAAAUGCUGGAGGAGGACCAAGCCGGGUUUCGCAUCCCCAUGAGUCUGGGAGAGCCGCAUGCCGAACUGGAUGCAAAAGGCCAGGGUUGUACCGCCUACGACGUAGCUGUCAACAGCGACUUCUACCGGAGGAUGCAGAACAGCGAUUUCUUGCGGGAGCUCGUGAUCACCAUUGCCAGGGAGGGCCUUGAGGACAAAUACAGCCUGCCACUAAAUCCAGAGUGGCGUAUAUUGAAGAACAGACCUUUCCUGGGCUCUAUCUCCCAGCAGAAUAUCCGCCCCCAGCAGCGUCCUCGGAUCCAGGAGCUGGGGAACCUGUACAUGCCCGACUCCCCGAGACCUGAGAAAGGCCCUGAGGAGCCUCACCUGAACCUUUGGCUGGAGGCCCCUGACCUCCUCUUGGCCGAAAUUGACCUCCCCAAACUGGAAGGCGCUCUGGGACUGUCGCUGGAGAUCGGGGAGAAUCGCCUGGUGAUGGGGGGCCCCCAGCAGCUGUACCAUCUGGAUGCCUACAUUCCCCUGCGAAUCAACUGUGAUGAGAGCAAGGCAGCCUUCCAUCAGAAGAGAAAGCAAUUGAUGGUGGCGAUGCCCCUUCUGUCGGUGCCUUCUUGACUGGGUGUCUCCCUGUGCUUCUACAUGGAGGGAAGAGGAUGGUGGCUUCCCUAAAAUUGAAAUAAAAGAUUUUUGCCUUUG